GGUGGCGCGGGCGGGCCGAAGGCGGGUCGCAGGGCCGCGUGCGGGAGACAUGUCCGGGGGCAGCAGCUGCAGCCAGACCCCGAGCCGGGCCAUCCCCGCCACCCGCCGGGUGGUCCUCGGCGAUGGCGUGCAGCUGCCGCCCGGGGACUACAGCACCACCCCCGGCGGCACGCUCUUCAGCACCACCCCGGGAGGAACCAGGAUCAUCUAUGACCGCAAAUUCCUGAUGGAGUGUCGGAACUCACCUGUGGCCAAAACGCCCCCGAGGGACCUGCCAACCAUUCCUGGGGUCACCAGUCCUACCAGUGAUGAGCCGCCCGUGGAAGCCAGCCAAACCCACCUGCCCAGCAGCCCAGAAGAAAAGCGGGUGACCGGAGAAGAGUCACAGUUUGAGAUGGACAUUUAAGGGACCAGCCGUCGAAUGGAGCGGUGCUUCUGAGCCCCUCAGGCCCUUCUCAGGAGGAGAGUUCCGUUGUGGGGUCGGCCACCCAGCCUUGCCCUCUCACUCAGGGCACCCGCUCCCCUUCCUCUUUGUGAACACCAGCACAUACCUCCUUUUGCCUCCGUUGGUGCAGGAGCUGCUACCCCAAAGGGGUAGCCUACACCCUGCAACCACCUGCCAGGAAUUAGACACAGAGGAGCUCUUCUGAAUGAUCAUCUGGCUCUUCCAGUCCCAUCCUCUGGGUGUACCCCUUCUUAAGUUGGGGCACCUGGGAAAGUUCCCAUCUACUUCUUUCCCUGAGAUAGGAAAUAAAUUCCCCCUUUACUACUGGGCCAAGUGACUUGGCCCUGUCUGAGCUCUUUGCAACUCCACGUGAUAACACCAGUUGCCUACUGUAUGUUCAGUGCUUGUAACGUACUUUACAUUCAUUUCACUUGGGUCUCACACUGAUCCUCAUUUGCAGCUGAGAAGACUGGCUCAGGAGAAACCACAACACUUGGGACUUGAGCUCUGUUACUCUCCAUCUUACUUUUCAGUGGCAAGUUCUACCUCUCUGUCAGGUGAUACUGCUUCCAGCUCAUUGCAAAUGAGAGAAAGGGAGAAGCUAGUCAUGGCCGGUGGGAGUCUUUUUGGUCUACACAUACCUGAUCUUCACUGAGUGAUUCCUUUGUGUGAGCUCUUGUGUAGUGCCAAGAUGAGGCAAGCUUUCUGCCUUAAGGAUUUCACUGAAAUGUAAGAUUUAUUUUCCCAUCUUUUUAAAUAAAAAUUUAAAAAAAAAUUU